CUCCCUACUUCCGCUCCCCUCUUCAGAAGGAGCCAGAGUGUUCGCGGAGUUUGGCGUUUCUAGACGUUGAUCCGUGGUGUCCGGAGGAUGCCUCGUGGAAGCCGAAGCCGCACUUCCCGCGUGCCCUCUCCGGCCAGCCGGGCCCCUCAGAUGCGGGCUGCGCCCCGGCCAGCGCCCAGACCAGCCCCAGCGGCCCAGCCCCCAGUGGUGGCCCCGCCAUCCGCUGUGGGCUCACCUGCUGCUGCGCCCCGGCAGCCUGGUCUGAUGGCCCAGAUGGCCACCACUGCAGCAGGCGUGGCCGUGGGCUCCGCCGUGGGGCACACGCUGGGCCACGCCAUCACUGGCGGCCUGGGCGGGGGAGGCAGUGGUGAGCCCGCCAGGCCUGACAUCACUUACCAGGAGCCUCAGGGAGCCCAGCUGCAGCAGCAGGAGGCCGGGGGCCCCUGCUACUUUGAGAUCAAGCAGUUUCUGGAGUGUGCACAGAACCAGCCCGACGUGAAGCUCUGCGAAGGUUUCAACGAAGUGCUGAGGCAGUGCAGGAUGGCGAACGGCCUCCUCUAAGCAGGAAGUUCACACGGGAGGACUGGGACGUCGACCCACAUCCACCAGAGCACGUCUCUUUAGUGCGGAAAUGUUAUUCAUACUAGAAGUGUACAACCGUUCAGUUCGACCUCUCCCUGUAGCUUCAGCGCUUGAGAACGCCACGGAAGAGGGUGUUCCCGCCACACAGAUGGGCUAGGUUGGGGCCACGUGUGGCCUCCUUAAGCCAACUGUUGUGAUGUUAUUAGUUCAUUAGAAUAAAGUGAAUUUUGUCCAAGGA